AACUUUUGCAUAUAUAAUUUUCUUUUAUGUUUAUACGGGGAAUCUUUAUAAGGAAAGUUGUAGAAACUGGUCGAUCGAUGCAAUGAAUCACACGGAGCGAUACAAUUCACGAAAUAAUAACGCUCAACCUGACGUUACGUCAAACGCGCUGCUGCUGCUGUUGCUGUCACUGUCACUUUCAGUUGCUUAUUGAGAUGGUGUUGUCAUGGAGAUGGGGGAUGAGGGAUGACCAUGUGCAUGUUGAUGACGACGACGACGGUGGUGUCCAUGAGACAUUCCCACGCUCUGUAGGAAAGACGGAACGAGAAGAAAAGAAAGAACUGGAACGACGACGACGGCGGCGGACGUCGGCCGAGCACGUGGGACGGAAGGCUUAUGACAUUUGCAUUCGCACGUAUUUUUCCGUUUCAAUUGGUAACCAGCGGUUCGACGGCUCGGUUUAAAUUUAUCCGUCGGACGAGAGACAGAGCAACAGGGGACGGUCGGACGGACGGACGGACGAACACGGAGAAAAAGAAACGAGCGUACAAAAUAUAGUAUAAAAAGAAAAGAGUGUUAAAAGUAAAAAUAAGAUUGGAUCAUUUUUGAUAAGUUUGUGCAAAUGUUUGUGACGCGGAUGGACCUUCCGGUGGAUUCGGUGGGUUAGUGCUUCAUCAGCAAACAUUUUGACGUACGUCCUUAACGUGUCUUUGCCUCGAAGAAGAGUUAAUUCGUUCGUGUUUGUGCGAGUACGAACGACGAAGAAGACGACGACGUCGUUGCUGACAAUCGACGUCGAGUGUGCUGCGGGGACGACUCGUUAUAUUUUUGGAUGCUACCGUGGGCGGCUUUAUAACUAAAUUUAAUGCAAAAUGGUCGUGGGCGAAGCGAUCAACAACAUCAUGGGUGGCAUAGAGAACACCGGAACGGUGCGUCUCAACAACCACAAACGAAAACUGAAACAAAGAUUUGACAUAAUCAAGAAAUUGGGACAGGGAACAUACGGAAAAGUGCAGCUCGGUAUAAACAAGGAGACGGGACAGGAGGUGGCCAUAAAGACGAUAAAGAAGUCCAAAAUCGAGACGGAGGCGGAUCUGAUUCGCAUUCGACGCGAAAUCCAGAUCAUGUCGUCCGUGCAGCAUCCGAACAUCAUUCACAUCUACGAAGUUUUCGAGAACAAGGAGAAGAUGGUGCUGGUGAUGGAGUACGCGGCUGGCGGAGAACUGUACGAUUACCUUUACGAGAAGAAGAUGCUCGUGGAGGAGGAGGCGCGUCGCAUCUUCAGGCAGAUUUCUACCGCCUGCUAUUAUUGCCAUAAACACAAGAUUUGCCAUAGGGAUUUGAAGCUGGAGAACAUUCUUCUCGAUGAGAAUAAGAAUGCGAAGAUUGCCGAUUUUGGUUUGUCCAACGUUUUCGAGGAUCAAAGGCAGCUUUCAACGUUUUGCGGAUCUCCUCUAUAUGCGUCACCGGAAAUCGUGAACGGAACACCUUACCAGGGACCGGAAGUCGAUUGCUGGUCUUUGGGUGUACUGUUGUACACUCUGGUGUAUGGGGCGAUGCCCUUCGAUGGUAGCAAUUUCAAGAGAUUGGUGAGGCAGAUCUCGCAGGGCGAUUACUUCGAACCCAAAAAACCUAGCCCCGCGUCUCCUUUGAUCAUGGAAAUGUUGACUGUGAAUCCGAAGAAUCGAGCCAACAUUGAGAAGAUUUGCGCCCAUUGGUGGGUGAACGAAGGUUACAGCGAUUCUUGCUUGGACAUCUCCGAGGAAUUGGCCAAUCAGACGCCGGUCCGAUUGGACGUUCUUUUAUCGUUGAAUCCGCCGCCUGCUCAAAUCGAGAGCGAAAAACUAGUCGUCACUGGAGAGGAGGUACCUGGUGAAGAAGAGAUGAAGGCUGAACCUGUGGUACCGACGCGAUCGCAGUCGGUGGGAAGUCUGAUGGAAAUCUCGACGCCGGAGAAGAGAAUCAAAGAGAUGAUUGCGCAAGAUGUGAAGACGACGCCGAAACGAAAGCUGGAGACGACGGUGAGCACGGAUCGGGCGAACGUCGCCAACGAGGGUGGACGAAGGAAGGAGAAGAUCGUGAAGGAGAACACUGUCGCAGAUAUUUCGGUGGAGACGAAUAAAUCGAAGGAGGACGUGAAGAUGGUGGAGUUGGAACAGCAAGGAGCGGCGUGCGCUGAGAUCGUGGAAGAGGCGAAAAAGAAGGCGGCUAUGAAGAGGACCAUGUCGACGACGUUGAGUCCGAAGAUACUGGAGGAGAUCAACGAGAAUCCCAGCCAGGAGAAUCUUUAUGAAGAAAAGGGAGAAGAUAUGAAAAAUAAGGAAGAGGAAGAGGAGGAGGACAAGAAGAAGGUGAAAUCGACAGUUGUGGAAGUAAAGGAUAAAGAUAAGGAAAACGAUGUGAAAACUGAAGAAGUCAAAGCUCCGGUUAAGAAAAAGAUAGUGAAGAAAAAGGUGCUAACUGAUAAGAAUGAAAGUAGUCCGGAGAAGAAGGUCGUCGCGGAGGUGGAAGAGAAGAAAAAAGUCGAGUCGGAUGUUAAGGAGGAAUCUCCGACGAAACCGGUGGUGGAGAGGAGGCAGAGCCGAAUCUUCGAGCAAGCGGAAAAGUUCCAGAAUCUGAUCAGCUCGAGCGACAGCAAAUCUCAGGUGCCGGAGAAACCAAAGAAACUGAUAAUUCCCGGCGUGAGCGUCGGCGGUUUCAAGAAGGAGUUCGAGAGAAAAGCCAGUUUGACGAGCACCUCUCCUCCUAAACUGAAGCCGGUGGGUGUCGUCUCCAAGAAGCUGAUCAUCGAGGAUAGCAAACCGCAACAACAGGAAGAAAUUGAAGUUGAGGUUAAAGCGGAGACAGAAGAGCCUCAGGUGGAGGUGAAGGAGCAGACGGAGAAGCUGCGAAACGCGGUUAGUAUAAUCUCGAACGCGUUGGAUAAGGAAGGAGCAAGAAAAUCAAAGUCGAGGCCGUGCAUGACCCGGAAACCUCCGGUGCCGUUCGGCGCGAGCGGAAGAUCGGCGUCGGGAAGCAUCGGCAUGGUUGCAACCGCGCCAGACAUCAAGAGAUACAUAAAAGUUCCAACGACGGUGCAGAGUUCACAACCUCAACAGGCGAAAACGCAACCUGAACCUGCAGAACCUCCGAGUCAAACCUCUUCGGCUGAGAUCACGUUGAAAUCGGCGACGUUACCGCGUCGCAAAUCCGCUAAAGCUGAGAUCAAAUUGGAUUAUCCUCAACCUCGUCCUGCCACCAUGGAGUUCAAGACGGAGAUGGCGCACAAGAUACAAGGUGCAACUCAUCCGACUCUCACCAGUCAACGCAGCGAGGUCACGUUCCCUGUAAACUCGCCUCCACCGAUCGUCGGCUUCAGAUCUGCUUCGAUGGAGCCGGAAGGAAGUCGCUCGCUGAAGGAGCGCAUCAUCCCCAUCGCUUUCGCCCAACAUCAUCAGCACCAGGAGAUGCAAUCGCCGCCGACGAAGCCGCCGGUGCCGAGACUCUUGCAAACUCAGAAAUCCGCUACAUCGCAAAGAUCCAGCAGUCUUUCGCGACAAUCCACGCAAGAAUCGGACAACGAGGCGGCGAGCAGUGGUGAUCCUAUCAAGAAAUCCCCGAGAGAGUACAUCAUUCCGAUCGCCGUCGAAGGCGGAGGAUACGUGACACCGAGGGCGGGAAGUCUGGAACCGAGCGAAACCUCGAGCACCGUCACCAACAGCAGCAGGAAGACCACUUCCACUUCCAAACUAGGAAGACCCAGGAGGAUGACUUCUCUGUUCGAUCGGGACGGAUCCGAGGAUGAAUCGCCCUUCGGAACUCUUCAUCGUCACAGUUCUUUCGGAAGACAAGACAGCGACACCGAAGGAGAUUCGAGGAAGGACAGUUUCCCAAUGCACAGACUCAGGAGUUCGAGGCCGAGGAAAUCCAACCUGGAACACAACGAUUCACUCAGCUCCGGCGAAGACGAUGACGACGAAGACGGUUUCGAGUUCCUCACCGCCGAGAACCUCUUCUCCACGCUUUUAUCCAGAGUGCGCGAUUUGACUCAGAGGAUCAACGUGGACGACAGACCCGGUUUCCCCAACAGCCGACUUCUCAGCCACUUUGAUCACGGCACUCACUUUUGGAACAGGAGGGAUCCUCUGACCACCGCACGGAAUUCGACGUUGGGUCGUCAGUUCAGUCGCGAGAGGAGCUUGAAUUCGUCGACGUCCAUCCCAUGGCGUCGCAGCGUCAGCAGAGAUCUCGCGUCGGACAUCGACAGCGUCUUCAACGAUCGGACGCCCUCUCGCACUUCGUCUCUUCCCAGAGGAGAUCAAACAGAUGUCGGUGGUGGUGGUGGUGGCGGAGUCGCAAAAGAACACCUGAACCUGUCGGAUUUGAACCUGAAGAAGUUGAAACUAACGGAGGAGGACGCUUUAGCUUUAUCUUACCUAACACCCGGCCUGUCGCGGCGCAUCCAGAAGCAGCUCUUCGCGUCGCUUCCCGCCUCCGAGGCCCGGAAGAUCUCCAGGACGUUGAGCAUGAGAAGCGGAGAGGGCGAGGAUCGCGGAACUCCGGAGACGACGACGACGACGUCUGCGACGCUCCCUCGGAGGUUCUCGUACGAGAAGCGCAGCGCCAGUCAGCAGAACCUGAUGGACAUUAACCAGAACAAAACUGCAGCAGCUAACAUUAACACGACGAGUCAAUUGCCGAAGAAGGAUGCGGUUACGAAGAAUCCCAGAUAUUAUAGAGCGUCGAGUCUGCGAGAACCGACGGAUUUCAAGCCGAAAAUGCACGGAACUUACUCGCUGAGGAGUCCGGAUUCAAGCCUCUCGGAAAUUUCCUCACUGCACGAAGAUCCUGUUACGACUGAAGUAGUUAAGCCGACGACAACGACGACGACGACGAGGAGGAUCUCCAGGUUCCUGAGACCGGACUUUUUCGAUUCGCCCAAGGAGGAUAACGUCGUGGUGAAGGAGAAGAAGGAGCGCGAGUUGGAGACGCAGAAAGUGCUCAAAGAGAUCAGAGAUAAACGGAUCAAGAACAGAAUCAGUUUGAGGAGAGAAAAGGAGGACAAGAGGAAAAGUGAGGUGGCGAAGAGUGGUGGUGAUGUGGUGGUGAGUGAGCGCAAGUUCGUGGACAGUUAUAGGAACGCGAUGAAUGCAGACAAUACGAAGAAGACGACAGAUGCGAAUGGUAACGAGAAGAUCAUCAAUUGCAAGGAACUCCUCGAGGCUUUAGGUGCUAAAACUAAUAAGGAAAGUGCGCUUCUGCAGAACGUUUCGGAUAACAUCAAGAAUAUAGAGACUAACGUUAAGGCGAAAGAGGUGGCGAAAAAAGACAGGAUUUCACGGCUGGUGAGGCCGAAGAGUUACCCAACGGAGAACGGUACGAAACCCGAAGAAACUAACGCCAACCAGCAAGAAGAGGAGGUGAAGAGCGCGACGACUAAAGUUAAGAAAGUGAUUGCUGCGACGAAGACGCCGACGGAUAAACCGAAGAACAAGUUCCUGCAGUCUAUUGAGAAAAAGUUCGAGAAGUUGCGUACGUUCAGCAACGAUGAAAAGUUGAAGGAGGAGAAAAAAUCGGGAGUGGAGAACGCGAUAAAGAAGUUGCGGGAGCAGAGCGUGCCGAGGAACGUGGAUCACAUCACCGAAUCAACGCUUAUAAAGAGGGCCGUGUCCGUGGAGGACUUCUCCAACGUGAAGAACAAAGCGCUGCAGCCUUCGAGGAAGAGCGUCACGAAGAUCCUGGGAUUGUUCAAGAAGUACGAGGAUAAGGAGAAGAAAAAGGAGGACGUCGUUGCCGCCGCGACGGAAGUUGGUGGUAUUGCAACGAUAAGCGAGUCGAACAUCCCAUCUCCUGCGACGAUCGUCAUCAAGGCCAAAUCUCCCGAAAGACCCAACACUUUGACUCUGGAUAGAAAGAAAUGCAAUGGAUCGAGUUCGAGUCGAGUCGAAGUAGCGGAUAAAACUAAAAGUAAAUUACCGUUCAGGAAAAGCGGUUCCGAGACUAAAAACGAUAACUGUUUGGAUGCGGUUGCAAGCGAUAUAAAUAGGAACAGUUUCACUACGGACGAAAGUUCCUCGACGAUGCUCUCUCCGUGCGACGAGACGUUGAGCUGCUGCGAUUCGUGGUCCGUCUGCUCGGACUUUCAUCACAUGCAGGAUCUGGCUUCACCACUGUCGCAGAACGGGAAUGCAGGAGGUGGCGGCGGCGGCGGCGGUAGUGGAGGAUAUUCGGGCGAUGAGAACGAAUCGGUGAUCGAUCGCAUCCACAGGAAGAGCUUCUACAGUCGUUUCAACGAGAAGAAGAAACCGCGCAAACCGAGUUUGGUGGGUAACUACAAGGACCUGGAUCUGUACAAGGACUACAGCCAGAAGGUGCCUUCGUACAGGAGGGCGUACUCCGUGGAGGCGGACAGGGAGUACAGGCCGUACACGAGGAGCAAAUCAUUGGUCAACGAUUACGUCAACGUCCCAUCAGCAAACCGCUACCAGACUUACAAUCCCAGGAGGAGCAACAUUGCGUCUCUUUACGCGGCCGCCAACAAUGACGAUGAAACAACACCCUCGACUGGAACAUGCAGAAAAUUUAGUUAUAGUCCGAACACAUCCAGAUUAGGUAGCUUGAAUAGAGGCAGUAGCAGAUCUCCGAGUAGUGACUUCCAAUACAUCCCAUCGCACGUUUCUCCAUCAUCCGAGCACCAUCACCAUCAACACCAUCAUCAUCCAACGACGACAACAUCGACCGCAUCUCCAACAUCUCCUUCGGAUGGUAAGCGUCAACUGACCACCACCACCGAACACGCACUUUGAAUAACUUCACCUGAAGAAUAAGAAAAAAAUAAUCACCAAAAAUCGAAUAAAAAAAAAUCAAAAGAUAAUAGAGAAUCUAACUUAUUUUGCUACAUGAUUUUUACAUUCUAAGCCAAAUUUUUUCGACUUUUAUUAUAUAUAUAUACAUAUAUAAAUAAAUAUAUUUAAAACGAUGUUCGGCUCUAGAAAGGUACAUAGAUUAUAUACAUCUAUAUUAUAUAAUUUUCUUCAGAUCUUACUCUUCUCCCACGAAUAUUCAUUUAUAUACACGCAAUCGGUAACUAAUCUUAUUUAACAAGCAAAUAUCUCAUUCAUCUCUCAAUAUAUAUAUAUAUAUAUCAUUUUCAUAAUCGCGAUAGUUAUGAUUAUUUUCAUUUAUUUUCUUGUUUGUUUUGAUGAUCAACCCAUAUCCCCAAGGUAACAAACAUUGUUUUACACGUAACAGUUGCAUUUAAGAAUUUGCGCAUAGUUUCUUGACAAUAAUUAAAAUUCAUAACGAUAUUUGCUUCGUAAAUCAAGUUUUUUUUUCUAAUCGAUGCGUGUAUUUAUUUAUUGAUAUUAAACAAAUUGAAAGUAGGAAUGUAAUCAUACUUCAGUUGUUUUCAGGACUCACUUCGCUCGCCCAUCAAAAAUAAAUAAAAUGUGAGUCCUGAGAGCAAUCGAAAUGAACAUUUUACCUCACACAAUUAUUUCUUAUAUUUGCAUAGACUUGUAACACGAUACAAAACAAAAUACUGUACACGUCUUGUACAUAUUCGUAGCGCGAGAUGAACGUUUUUGAACUUUACUUUAUUUAUUUUCUAUUUAUAUACUUUUAAAUCAUUUAACCCCCCCUUUAGUAUUACGAAUUUAUUUAUUUCCUUCAUUAUAAAUAUUCAUUCACCACACAUCAAAAUCCUUCUUCGGUUUCAAUCGUUCUUUUCUAAUCGACGCCGUCUUAGAUAUAUGGAAUGAUGAAAGGAUGGAGACUCUUAAUUUUUACGUUCGUUCCACAACUUACUACUAUUAUUAUAUAUAUUUUUAUUCUAUUUGUUUUGUUUUUAUUCUUUCUGUUUUUUGUUUUCAUUCGUUGUUGUUCUUGAGUUCAACGAAAGGGAUAGAAUAAGCUGAAGAAGAACGUUGUUGAAACUUGUUGCUAUUUUACAAUUAUUAUUAUUGAAAGUAAGGAUUAAAUAAAUAUUAGAUUGAUUUCGUG